UGAUGUAUUACAGUAUACAUGAAAUGUUGAAGUCAAGAUAUUGAAGUUUUUUUUCUGUAUGCGCUUGAACUCUUCGUUUUUUGUAUUGAAAUGCCUUUAAUGUUGUGUUUACAUUAUAGCCUUCCUGGUGAACGAAACGUCACCUAUUUCAAACAGCCAAUCAGACGGUAGGAAUUGCCUUCCUGGUUUACCCUGCACAUUUGUGCAACCAUGCGAUGAUAAACGAGUUGAAAAUAACACGCCUAUAAACACGUAUGGUUACGUUCCCAAAUGUUAUUACAGUAAUGUCUGGCGAGAGUGGAGAAGUAUACAAUGUAACUCGUGUAUAAUAUUUGUACAGGUAUCAUGGCAGUUUUCAUACUAAUCGUGAGUUUGAAGCUGAUGUCUGCAGUUAGUGGUAUUGACUUCGAGGACAUGUACCCUUCUGACGAUCAGCUGAUGGGUCCCACACUAGAUGGAAGUUCUCCAGUUAUUUUUUUCAAUUUUCCCUUUUUCAACAACUUCUAUGACACGAUUUACGUAAAUAACAACGGACAUCUUACUUUCAACAGUCAAUACUGGCAGUAUAUUCCUCAGUCGCUUCCACUUUCCGAUAACACUCCAUUAAUAGCAGUAUUUUGGAUGGAUGUGGAUACGCGAUCAACGGGGCAGGUUUGGUACAAGCUCUCAAAUGACUCUGCUCUUCUCAGUCGCGCUAAAGCGGAUAUCACAGCCUAUUUUGACCUUCAAACUUCAUUUCAGCCAACCAGUGUUUUUACAGCUACUUGGCUAGACGUUCCUUACUGGCAAGCAGCUGGUGAUGACCGGACAAAGAGAAACACUUUUCAAGUCGUUCUUGUGACCGAUGGUAGCACUUCCUUUGCAAUGUUCCAUUAUCAGAAAAUCGAAUGGGCCGGAUAUGCUAAUAAUAUCACCAAAGCUGUAGUUGGAUUCAAUGCCGGAGACACUUUAAAUAGCUUUACAGUAAACAAUUCUGACUAUACUGACGUGAUCAACCUUGAGCAGAGAUCUAACACAGGAGUGCCUGGCAAAUUUAUCUUCCGUGUCGACGGGACCACAAUAGAAGCAGCCAGUGGAAGUGAGUUGACUAAACAGUAUUGUUGUCAUGAUCAAUGCUCUAGAUUUCUCAAAUAGAUAAAUCUAUUAAUUGAUAGAGUAAAAGUUCAGUAGUGUCACGACAGUUGAAAUGUUUCGCAUUAACAUUUUUUACGAUCAGAUGUUAGGUGUAGUACUUGCUUCAUAUCCAUUUCAGGAUGUUGAAGUUUUUUUAUACUACACGUUGAGUUAUGAUAUCUAAACGGUUACAUAGUAUGUAUUUAUUCUGUAUGUUCAAACACGUUUUUUCAGCUGAAAACACCAGGCCCCGGUUGUUCAAAGGCCGGUUAGAGAUAAGCAGUGAUUAGUGAAAAUUUUCAAACAUGAACUUAACAAACAUAUGAAGAUCCUUUAUCCUUUUACAGCUGUAUAUUUGAUGAGACAAGUUAGAUUGAGAUGUUUUGAUAUUUUAUUGGCUUUGAACGAUCUUUUUGUAUUUUCAGGAGCAACAAUUAAACAUUUUCUUUAAUCGCUGGUUAACUUUAACGAAACUUUGAGCAACCAGGGCCUGAUGUAAAGUCCAACAUGAAGUCAUUACAUGUGCGAUAUUGUUUACAUACUGUGUUUUUCUAAUAUCCUUAGUUCUUUCUAUCCAAUGAAUACUCUAUAAAUUGAUCAUUUUUUCCUUGC